CCGGGUUUUUAUUCAAAUGCAGCAGCUGAUCGCCCAAAAGAACAGACUACUCGACCAUUGUCAACGUAAAAUUUGCGCUUUAGUAAAUACUAUGAAACAUUGUUGAACAUUUAAAUGUAACAUAAAUUAUUAUAUUGGUAGGUGACCCGAGGAGAGAUACAGUACAUUAUCGUGGGCUUUGGAGCGUGAUUAAAUUUGAUAAGCAAACAUUUUCAUUUGUAUUGAAAAUGGCGGAAGUAGCCACACAAAUUUCUGAAACUGGACUUUUGAUAGCAAAUGAUAAACCCGUGAAAAUGUACAUCACAGAUUAUAAUUGUAAAUUAAACAAUAUCGCACAACCAUCAUUCAUUAAUGGAUGUCAAUUGAAAAGAGACGACAACAAAGAAAACGAAGGAAAUCGUGAGCACAUGGUGCAGGGUCAAAUGCCACCAACAUACCAGUUUGCUGCUCAACCAGGGCUUACGCAAGUAAGCCUUGCCCAAGCUGGUUUAACACAAGCUGGACUAACACAAGCUGGCCUAACACAAGCUGGCCUAACCCAAGCUGGCCUACAUGUAGCUCAAGCCGGACUUACCCAAGCUGGACUUGCCCAAGCUGGUCUUGCCCAGGCAGGUUUAACACAACCUGGUCUGACAGAAGCAGGUUUACAGGAUUAUACCCAAGUAGUCGUUAGUCAGGGUACCAUGCCAGUUGCUUCAUCAGAAGGCACAUCACCUUUAAAAACAGAACAAUCAACAUUUACCACGACUGCCGUCACUCCCAAUGGUGGGAUUGAACAGCAGACGGUAAGAGCCAGGUCGAUAAAUGGGCAGCCGUUGAAUAUAUUGAUGCCAACAUCUCACUAUGAAGAAAUGCAGCUUGGAAUUGGACAGCAAACAGAUUUAGAGAGUGGAGAAGCUUUAUCACCAGAUUCUGCCAACCAAUCAACAUCUUCAGCAUCACAGGGGAAUGGCCAGGGACCUAAACGUCUCCAUGUGUCAAAUAUCCCAUUUAGAUUUAGAGAAGCAGAUUUAAAAAGUUUAUUAGGGCAGUUUGGUAAAAUAAUAGACGUGGAAAUUAUAUUUAACGAGAGGGGAUCCAAGGGAUUUGGUUUUGUAACUUUCGAAAGUAGCGCAGAAGCAGACAGAGCACGAGAGAAAAUGAACGGCACUGUGGUUGAGGGACGAAAGAUUGAGGUUAACAAUGCCACUGCCCGAGUCUUGACCAAAAAAUCAGUUGCUGCACCCACAAUCCCAAAUGCUGCUGCACUCCGGGGAGUAGCAUUAACGAGAGGGAGGGCUGCAGCAGCAGCAAUAGCCAAUCGAGGGGUUUAUAGUGCUGCGGCACUAGCUGCUGCUGCCGCCGUGCGGCCACAACAAUUAGCAACAGCUGCCACAGCAUUACCUUUUGCUGGAGGACUUAUUCAAGAUCCAUAUUUGGCAGCCACAUACGCACAAGCAGCUGAAAGAGGGUACCAGAUAAUAUCUACACAGCCCUACCCAAUGGGUGCAAGGAUAGCUAUCCCACAAAUGGCAACAGCUCAAAUGUUAGGAGGAAAUACAUAUACUGCAGCUUCAAUACCUGGAUUGACAGGCAGAGAAUAUGCAGAUCCAUAUUUGGGACACAGUAUUGGACCAGUAGCAGGUUAUGGGGCAACAGUGUAUCGAGGAGCAUACCAGCGAUUUGCUCCUUACUGAUAAGGCUCGUCAUAUGAAGAGGAUAUUCUGUGGUGAUUUUUACAGUAUUGUUAAUGGACAGCCAUUAUACAGAGAAGUGCAAUGCUAAUAUUUCAGUGCUGAAUUGGUGCUUUCUGCAAUUGUUUAACUUAUUUAUUGAAGAAACUUGAAGCACUGUUGAGAUUCUCAUAUGCUGCCAAUGUUAUAUUUCACCUUCCAUUUUGUAUUUGUGAUUCUGUGUAGAUAUCGGGACAUGCAGAGAAAUUGAGAACAACAGCUACAUUAAUUACCAAGUACAAAUGUGGUGUAAUAAAUAAUAAUGUGCUGAAUGAAGACCCUACGCAAUUUAAUGAUUCAGUAAAACUACGCAGCUUUUGAACUGUUUUGUUCUUUAGAAAGCAUACAUUUGAUACUUUAUAUUUUUUGUAACUUUUAUGUUAUAGUUUCUAAUUCAAAAUUUGGCUCCAAAAAAGGAGUUGUUGAACUUAAUUGUUUUCCAGUUAUUUACAUAGAAUCGCAAAAUAUACUACCCAUGCCACAGAAUUAAUAUUUGAGUCAUAAUGACACUGUAUAAAAAUACUCAUGUGGUGAGCUUUAUUUUGAACAAAUGUCUAGUCAAUUUUCACAAUGUUACCUCAUCCAUGAAUUAUAUUGAUGUGUUUCAAUUCUCAGUAAUUUCACAACUGCCUGUAUCCUUUGAUUCUAGUCUACAACCAUUGAUAAAACAACUGAGGGCAGUGAUGAUUCAUAAAGUCACGAGAGGAUAGUUUUAUCACUGUUGAAACAUUUGGACAUUAUUCAUAUUGUAAGUAAUAUAGGAACUCAUUUUUAUGCCCCAAUCCCCCAUCUUGGAUUGCUUACUUUUCAUUUUUAGUAGUUGAUUAGAUCAAUUGAGUGCACUGAAUAUUCAUUGCUUGCUGUCAUUUCCUUAAGCUUAAUGAAAUUACUGAGAAUUGAAAUGAUGGCAGCUGAGGGAGGAGCUAGCCAUAUUUUAAGACUUUUGUCACAAGGUAUCAAAUGAAACAGAUUUGUCUUCCAUCAUGGUGUUGUUCAGGUCGAAUGAUGGUUACAAUAAAAUAUUGAUAAUUAGUCACCUAGUCUUUGUCAGCUUACUGUGAAGUCUGUGAUGUGUCUUAUAUUCAAUUUACAAGCUAGAAUAUUUUUUUUAAAACUUGAAAAAUCAAUUUGAAAUUUUGAAUAGAGAAAUUAUUGGAUAUGGAAUUAAUUGAAUUAAAAUGAUGGAUUCUUUAAAAAUGAUAAAAUUUUGUUGUAGUUUGAAAACCUUUCAUUAUGAUAUGAAUCUAUUUUGAUUCAAAGCAAAGUAUGAAAAUAAAUCAUAUUGUUUUAUAGCUGCUUAUAUUUGGUUAACAAGAACAUCACAUUUCACACUUUGUUGACAGUUUGUUUUCAAAAGUCACUGGUAGAUUUGAUCUGAUCUAGGUCAUAUAGGUGCUUUAUUUUACCAUAUUUAUUGUGCAAUUUAUUUUUUUAUGUUGUUCUAUUUUUCAUUAUAACUUUUUUUGUUUAGAUAUACUGUACCUUUAUGAAAAGGUAUAUUAUAAUGUUUGAAAUGUGGGUUUGGAAGAAUUCUCAAAGUACUGAGGAGGUAGAAGUCAUACUUCAUUUUGUUGAAAUUAAAUUCAUUAAUUCUUCCAAUGAGAGAAUGAGAUUUUUUCUUUGUGAGUUUGUAUGAUGAAUAAAUGUUCUGAGAUGUAUAUGUAUAAAUGGUUUGUUAAUCUGUGAUGUCUGAGUAUUAUAAAGUGAAAGCUAGUCUCUUAAUCGUUCAAAUGUUGAAAAAUCAUAAUUUAAAAAAUUGUUCACUUUAAAGUUAAUAUUUAACAUGUUAAUGAACUUGCCAAAAUGCUCUUGCCCUUAUAUUAUUGGUUAUUGAUUUUUUUGUGUCAUAGUUCAUGAAUCUCCCCAGGGUUCAGGAAGUGCUACUAAGGGUCCAUAACAGACAGUUUCAGUAUUCUUACUUCACAGUUUUACAUUGAUGAAAACAACAUUUAAGAGUUCUACCACAUUUUGAAUUAUUUGGUAUUUUCCAAUUAUGUGGAGAACAGGUUGUCAUUAAAUAUAAAUAGAUAAAAAGAUUAUUUGGUGUUCUAUAAUAACAUGGUGAAUAGAUAUAAAUAAAUAAAAUUAUUUGGAAUGUUUUAAUUACGUGGUGACUAUAUAUAAUAAAAAUAUAACAAAGGAACCACUUUAAUAGUACAACUUAAGGCAUUUUUUAAAAAUUUUCAGACCAUGCAAAAACAGUUUAAAGUUACUUUACACAAUUUUUUUGCUCAGGCUUCAGUAAAAAAUCCAAAACUUUUUUAUAGGGAAAAAUAAAAGACUCAGGGAUGAUGGACUUUUAAUUUAGAAAAAAGCAUUGCAUGUCAUAUUAAAAAUGAUAAUUAGCAAUUUUUUGUUUUUUUGGCAUAAUACAAAAGAAAUGUGCAAUACAGUCUAAAUACGCAAUUAUCUUACUACAGAUCCUUAUUUAUUUUAUAGGUUCCUCUUUUAAAAUAUCCUGUUUAUUUAGUAGCUUUCAAGAAUUUACAAAAUAGAAAACAAAUUUUGUUUAAAACGAACGCAAUUGUAGGUACUUCCUUUAACAGCAUUUCUUGUCUUUUUACAGCCUUCCCUCGAUCUGAUAUUAUUUGUUUUUAAAUGCAAUCUCUUGUUUUUUGGGAUGAUUUAUAUUUUACUUGUAUGUACUUCCAGUUUCAUAAUGUUGUUGGAUUUAUUUUUACAUAUGUUGUUUAUAGAGCUACACUUAACAAGGUCAUUUGACUCUUGGAAGUAUUGUUCAAAUUUUUAUUGAUAAUCAAAAUAUUAUCUGCAAAUGUCAAAAUACAGCAAAAUUUUUAACAUAAUUAAAAAUGUUUUUGAGUUGUUCAUUUCCCUUCCCUCACACGCAAUUUAUCCCAAAGAUGCAAAAAAAUGUAAAUAAACAGAAACACAUAUGUAGCCACCUCACAAACAGAUAAGUGCUAGUUAGCAAGCCCCAAUUCAUUAACUCCUCAUUAUAUAUAUAUAUACUUUGUGUGAAUGUAUGUUGCUUUUUUUUCCUAAUUUUUGUCAUGUCCUUUCAUAAUAGUCUAAUAUCCGUUUUGUCUCUUUUUAUUAACUUUAUUGAUGUCUUGUUGUGGCAGCAGACAACCGAUGCUGCUGCCCCCUGUGUACUUACAGGCAUGUCCAGGGGCAUGAUGGGAUUGAGCAUGAAUAAAGGAAUGAUUACAGUGAGAUUUAAUAAGCAUGUUAUUAUGAAUGUAUGAUUGUGCUUCUAUCCCUAUACCUGAGAACUGAUCUUUCUCUGGCAUGAAAUCUUUUUAACUUAACCUUCGCAUAUUUAGACGUGAGAUAGUUAUUCUCUGUAGCUAUGAAAUAACCAGAAUUUAGAUGUAACAUUCCAACACUUUAUUUUCCAUUGUAUGUUUACUUCUUUAUAUAACUUUCUUUAUAGGACAUGUGUGUUUUCUCUCUUGUAUUUGAAAUUCAUUUUGUGUCUUUUUUGUGUAAAUUUAUCAGUUUAUUGUUUAGUUUAUAUAUGUAGUAUUUAUUGAUGAUUGAUGUUUAUGUAAUAUAAGAAAUUGACUAACUUUUUACACUAUGUUUAAAAAUGCUAUUGAGAGUUCAAAAUCGGAUUAAGUGUUCCAACAGUAUGAUUCAACACUUUUGUAUAUCAUCUGUAAUUAGUUUUCCCACUGAAGGUCUGCGGUUUUCCCUUGGUACUCUUGGCUUCCUCCACAAUAUAUGAUAUAGCUAAGUGUGCUGAAAGUAGAAAGUGGCAUUAAACACCAUCAAUAAACUAUCUAUAAUUGAUUAGAUUUGUUCCUUUGAGCUUGAUAAAAUACAAGCACAUCUGCCAAUAAAUUGCCAUCAAUAGAAAAACUUGUAGGCUUAAGGGGAGAUUACUAGUAAGAAAUACAACUACGCAUGAUGAGCUGUAAUCAAAUAUUUGAACUGUCAAUUGUAUUUUUAUACACAGUGUAACUUAUAUCAAGAGUGUUGAAUUCUUUUUAUCAAGAAAUGGAAGUCACAACAAGUCAGCAUUAUCUUUUUAGUUGAUAAAUUUCCAGGUGAUUUUGAAAUUUGAAAUACACUCAUUAAAUUUUAUAAAUGCAAUAAGUUAUAGCUUUUAGUUUACUUGUAUAUGAUAUUUAAUGUAUUAGUUAACUAGUUAGUUUUCAACAAAAAAAAUUAAUGGCUAAAGGAAGUUAAAGAAAAUGACAAUAAAUUUGCUUGUAAAGUAUAAAUAUGAUUUGAGUACUUCACACAUUUAACCAGUUUGAUGGAAUUUUAAGAACAAAUAAUUUUCCAAUUUUUUUUUUUUUCGUUUCAAAAUUUUUACAGUAAGCGUUUCUUGAUGAAAGAAAUUAAUAUUGACAAAUCUUGAUAUAAUGAGUGGAGUUGCCUCAGAGCCCUGCAUGAAUGGAAUACAUACAGGAAUAAUAUUGAGGGCAUUUUUUCUUGCAUUUUGUUAAUAUUGAUAUUAUAGUACACACAAGCUUCAAGUUAAUUGAUCCACACACUUAUAUAUUGUAAUACAGAUAUGAUUUAGAGCUUCUUUCGUGCACUAUGGAUAUUCUGUAUAUGUAUAUACAUAUAUAUUUAACCUCUUUGCCACCUUUUGAACAGUUUUUGUGUCUAACAACAUUGUGUGUGACCUUGAUUUUUUUCCAGAUGCAAAUAAACUGUCAUUAUGUGUAUUUA